AUAAUGAAGACUUACGAAACUUGAAUCUUGCCGGUCAUGUUGGAUUUGACAGCCUUCCAGAUCAGUUAGUCAACAAGUCAACAACACAAGGAUUUUGUUUUAAUAUUCUUUGUGUCGGUGAAACUGGUAUUGGUAAAUCAACAUUAAUGGAUACGUUGUUCAACACUAAAUUUGAAAAUGCACCAGCCUCUCAUGCUGAACCCGGUGUUCGAUUGAAAUCAAGCAGCUAUGAACUACAGGAGAGCAAUGUACGACUAAAGUUGACCAUUGUCGAUACAGUAGGAUUUGGAGACCAGAUAAACAAAGAAGACAGCUACAAACCUAUCGUUGAAUAUAUUGAUGCACAGUUUGAAGCCUACCUCCAGGAAGAAUUGAAAAUCAGGCGUUCCUUUUACAAUUAUCCUGACUCAAGAAUCCACGCCUGUCUCUACUUCAUUGCGCCCACAGGACAUUCGCUAAAAUCUCUUGACCUUGUUACUAUGAAAAAAUUGGAUAGCAAGGUAAUUGUUUGUCAAAUCUCUAAAGAAAAUAUUAGUCACUUGCAGGAGACCUAUGAAGCAAAAAGAAAUGAAUUUUUGACCGAGCUGCAGAAAAAGGAAGAAGACAUGAGACAGAUGUUCGUCAUGAGAGUGAAAGAGAAGGAGUCUGAGCUGAAAGAAGCUGAAAAAGAGCUUCACGAAAAGUUUGAUCACCUGAAGAAGACCCAUCAAGAUGAGAAGAAGAAACUUGAAGAUAAGAAGAAAGAUCUCGAGGAAGAAAUGAAUGCAUUCAACAAGAGGAAAGCAGCGACUCAGCUGCUCCAAUCACAGGCUCAACAAGCUUCCCAGACCACCAAGAAGGACAAGGAUAAGAAGAAGUGGAGAAAGGGGUCCAGAUUGAUGGAGGAGUGCCCGGAAUUGGACUGCUUAGCCCUGCCAAGAAGAGAAUCGUGGCCCUCCUUGGAGAAGACUAGGACCACUCCUUUGGAGAUGUUGAGACAUCCAUUUCUCACCAAUCGAAUGUUGCCGUCUUCUCCUCCACUUCCAGUGCAAGCUUCACAUAAGCAACUCUGGCAAGUCACGGAUGUCACCCUAUCCAUCUGCUUAGCUCUUCUUUAUCUAAUUGUCCUGCUGCCUGUCCCCUUCUGGAUGAGAUUCCUAGGCUUUAGAAGAGCUACAGUGUAUGCACACACCACGCAGAAGAAUUCUUUCUUGGGUCAUCAUUAUUUCUGUUCCUUCCUGGUCACAUUUCUUGUACUGUGGCUUGUUGAACCUCAGUAUUUUAUAGUUCUGACGCAGAGAAAUCCUAAUAAAAUAAUCUACUUGUGACAGGAACAAGAUCAGUAUAAUAUUUAGAAACAGUUGACCUUCUGAAUUUGAUAUUAUCUAAUGUUAUUUGUAUAAUCAUUCUUUAUAGCAUCAGAAACCAUGCACUCAAUGUUCUGUCACUGAUGAUUCUUGCUGUUGUUGCAUUGUUUCAAACUUUCUAAUAGUUUAUCACUAUUUAUCUUCUCCUUUCUCCAAUGCACAUUUGCAAGUAAACUUAAACUUGCAAAUUUCUUUAAACAACUAAUGAAAAGCAUGUGUUUUUAGUCAAUUAUAACUGACUCUACUGUACAAAAUUGAAUUAGCAUGGAAAAUUUGAUUGACCCUUGAAUCAUCACAAUGCAGACACUUAAUAUUUUUAUUACAGUUUUCAGAACGGGGGUAAUUAAAUAUGGCCAAGGCUUUUUAUAAGAGGCCAAGUUACAAUUUUAUUAUCUUUGUUUAUAGGUUUUAAUAUUAUCAUACAAUGACCACUUUAAUAAUAUAUACCCUAAUAAACAGCUUGUUUUUAGGAUUUUGCAAAAGGUAAUAUGUACAGUCUCUAGAUUUUACCUUGGCCUAUUUAAUGCACCAUUUGUAAACUUGGCAUCAAUGGAGAAAUAACAUUCUUUUAUUGAUUUAACACAGAUAAUUGAUAGCAAUUCUGCAUUAAUAUUUUGCAAGUUUAAAGUGAAAUAAUUACCAACAGUUUAUAAUUAAUAUAACUAGCAUUUAUUCUGAUGUUAAGGUCAAUAUAAAAGUACAAAAGGUGCACAAAUGCUGCAAUGCUGAGGUGGUCAUGGAUGGAAACUGUCCUUUCAUAAUUAUACUGGUUGUUCAGAUGUGCAAUGUUGUUGAUCUAGUACAGUAUGCUUUUCUGUAACCAGCCAUAUAUUUGAACCAUUGAUUUGGAGACUGUGAAAUGUUCUGUAAGAAAAUAAACUGAUUUUAAACCACAA